ACCUGCUAGGUAUCUGAGAGCCUCCGGCUUCACCUCCCUGUCUAGACCCACGGGCUGGGCGGAGCUUCCGGCUCAGACUAGACCUCCAUGGAUCCGCUCCAGAAAUGGAAUCUGGCAUUGACAGCUGAAUCUUCCCAGAUGGUGGCUGAAGACACUUCCCAGGAAGGCCUAGAAGCCUCUCAGCCUUCCUCCUCAGACCAGCUGAUGAUGGGCCUCGGUAACCUGAGCCCCAGUCCGGGAACCAACCACCCUGCGCCUCCCCCAGAAGGGCUGCUCCAGCAGUGGUACAGGGAGGAGAAGACGCUGCAAGAGAGGCGGUGGGAAAGGCUGGCGAUCCCUCAGAGGAAGAAAGCAUUCCUGGGGCACAUGAGACGGAGACACCGUGACCACAUGGCGCCCUAUCCGGUCGAGAGGGGACCCAGAAUCUCUCCCUCGAGUGAUAGAGAUCAGAAUCGAUUCCGAUGUGAAUGUCGAUACUGCCAGAGCCACAGGCCGACUAUUUCUGGGAUCCCUGGGGAGAGGGCCCCACACCCUUCCUCCUGGGAGACGCUGGUGCAGGGCCUCAGUGGCUUGACCCUCAGCCUGGGCACCAACCAGCCCGGCCUUCUGCCGGAAGGGGCACUCCAACAGCAGGAGAGAGAGGAGAAGUGCCAACUAGAGAGGCAGCAGGAAAGCAAACGAAUGUUUCAGAGGCUGCUAAAGCAGUGGUUAGAAGAAAACUGAGACGCGCAUCCCUGUGCCGCGGAGACCUGAAGGGAGUCAGAUGUGGAUGUGGGUGCCGUGUUGCCAGCUCCUGGCUGUGGGCUCCUUUUGGGGACCAAGCAGUAAGCUGUAGUGGGGGGGUCCCAGGACC